AUAUCUCAACACAUUUUAGUUUGUUGGGAGUAAAAGCUGAAAUUUAUUCUGCAUUAAUUUUGAAGAAUAUUGGUUGGAUUAUUUCUGUGAUUGGAAAAGCCAUAUUUAUAUAAUGUCUCGACAAGCUUCUCGUUUUGAUACUAAAAAAGUUUAAUUGUAUGAGAAACCAAAUUUGAUUUCACGUCUCAGUUUUACAAUAUUCAUCUCGAAAAGGUGCAUGGAGAAUAACCACAAUACGAUAAACAAUAAAUUGAACAAGACUUCGGGAACUAUCACCGUUGUAGCACAAAAUAAUCGGAACUUACAAAAUCAAAAACAAAUACAAUUCAUCCCCAUGAUGACUGCUGGUGGUGCCCAAAUUAUUAUUGGACAAGUUCCACAACAACAAGCUCAAACCUCUAAUGCAACGGGAGCACCUGCAACCAGUCUCAUACCUCUUCAGACGAACCAAAUAAUGUUACAACAGCCACAACAAGCAGCUCAGCCCAUGCAACUACUUCAAUUACCGGAUGGUCAAACAAUAUUUUACCAACCACCUUCAACUUCUUUGACGCUUGACCCAAAUACAACUGCUGCUCAAGCAACACCGCAACCACAGCUUAUUAACAUUAACGGUCAAUUAAUGCAAAUAGCUACGGCCCCUACGCAUCCCCAAGGUGCAACAGGCGCCGCUCCAGCAGUGGGUCAACAAAUAAUUAUGAUGCCUCAGGCGGGAACAACAACAACUGUUGCAGUCCCUCAAGCUGCCGCUGCAGUAUCAUCACAACAACCAACGUCUGCCACAAUUUCUAAUACUACAGCAAAUGAUGUUACUUCAGCGGGAAUACAAGCGGAAGACGACUCAAGUAAGGGAGAAUCGGAAGAAGAACCUCUCUAUGUCAAUGCCAAACAAUAUAAAAGAAUACUUAUAAGAAGACAAGCUCGUGCAAAACUUGAAUCUCGCAUACCUAAGGAACGUUCUAAGUAUUUGCACGAAUCUCGACAUCGUCAUGCAAUGAAUAGAGUACGUGGAGAAGGAGGUCGAUUCCACUCUGCUCAAAUUAAAGGUGAAUUAAGUGCAUCUGGACUUAGUAACUGCGAAUCGCAAAUGCAACCGGUACAAACACGAGCAUCUGUGCGUACUGCACCAAAGUUAAUCGCUCCACAUCAGGGGCCCAUUCCAGCGCCAACGCCAAAUAUUACAAUUACACCAAUAAAAUAAAUCAUUUGGAAAAGUCUACAAUAACCAAUACCAGUUUUAGUUUUAAGGAAAUUUACGUUAUAUACAUAUAUUUAUUUAAUUUCCACUCUAAUUAGAUGUUACUUAGAUAAAGGCUAACCGCUAUCAAUGUAACCGUAUUGUAAUUUUCUCUAAUAAAUAAUUUGUAAU